AUGCCGACUUGUUGGCCGCUGAACGCAACGUUUACGUAUGUGGCCAGUCGACUGUUCACGAUUGAGCUGCUGGAAAUGCUGAAAGGCAUUGGAAUCGACGGACCCAAUGAAGUGUUUGUCAGCAUGCCCGCAGUGGCGGCGAAGUUCGUGAAAAAUGGGUGCCUGCACCCCCACACACCGUACCCGUUCGUGUCGAUGGUGAUCGAGGACGACAUUGCGGGAAGGCAUUUGGCAAGCCAACGCUUCCCCCGCGGGUUUGAAAAGGAAGCGUGGGAAUAA